AUGAUACCCACUCGGAGGUUAGCUGCUCAAGGCAAUUUCUUCCGGCGCAGUGCCGAAGAACUUGGGCGCCUCUCGAAAAUAGCCUGGAAUACUGAAGCACUGCACACUCCUACCAAACCCUAUACUCUCUUAGAUUUUGAAGACGAGAGAACAGUUUCCGAAUGCAAGACUUUCGCCGAUCGCGCCGUUGGUGGUUUCAGCACGGCCAGCUUAGACUAUGAACCAGCCGAACCAACCUCCAACACUCCAGCCCACGUGCGAUUCCACGGCAAAAUAUCAACGAAGCUCCCGGAUAACUGGCGUGUUGAACGAACUGGCUAUGCCGCCUUUCGCAACAAUGAUCGCGGACUGUGGCUUUUUGGCCGUUUAUACUGGGAUGUCGACCCGUACGCUUACCUCGCCUUACGUAUUAAAUCCGAUGGUCGCCGAUACACUGUGAAUAUCCAAACAGACUCCCUCGUCGAGACUGAUAUCCACCAACAUAGACUGUAUACCCGACAUCACCGUGUUCAGGAUAGCGCAGCUAUUUCGAACCAAGCUCUUCAUACCAAAUCCUCUGAAGAUGCCGAAGCCGCCGAGCAGCUGUAUCCCGCCGGAACGCCCUCGGCACUCUCAGAUGUCCCCCCGGACUCCACCGUCAUGUCCUCGACAAGUACCGUCACUACAUCAGGCUCAACAGGCUGGGAGACAGUGCUCCUUCCAUUCAAUACAUUCGUUCGCACCAAUCAUGGGUUCGUUGUUGAGCCGCAAACCUCUAUUAUUCGUCAACGAGUGAAAAGUAUUGGUAUCGGUCUUACAGAUCGUAUCGAGGGGGCUUAUGACCUACGUAUUCACAAGAUCUGGGCAACCAAUGGGAUGGGCGAAGCGGAUAUCGAGGAGGAGCGAAGGAUUUGCGGGGCGGAUGCCUUGUCAGUUGACGAAGGAGUUCGCUCUGCUUGGACCGAAUCCAAAGAAGAAACGGGGACCCAGAAACAUGAAGAACCUGAAUCUAGGAAGAAAGGGCUGAAAGGUCUUCGAUCCGAAUGGGAGGGGUAG